CUAUAUUAACGAACUGGGUAGAAGAGAGGAGAUAUAUAGCUUUACUCUAGCUUGCUUUCGCUGUUUCCACUAUUCGUGAAUCAAUCUCCAACUCGUUGAAAGAAUGGCCGAGGCACUCGUCAACCUCCUUGUUGAACAAUUGGGUUCAGUUGUUUACCACCACACAAGUGAAGGGGUGAAACUGGUUUUGAAAGCGAAGAAGGACGUUGACAAGUUCAGACGCACCCUCAAACGUAUCCAGAAGGUGCUUCACGAUGCUGAGAAGAAGCAAGUGUCGGAUCCCGCGGUGAGAGACUGGUUGGAUGAGCUCAAAGACGUGUCGUACAAGAUGGAUGACGUGCUGGACGCUUGGAACACUGAAAUUGGGAAACGAGAAGCUGAGAAACAAGAAACACAAGGUUCUGACGUGGAGGUACGUUUCUCAUUUCGUUCCAAUUGCUUUUGUCUUGCCCGAUUGAAUGAGGUAACUCGUCGUUAUAAGAUUGGUAGUGCAAUAAAAGAUCUGAAUGAAGAGUUGACUCAGAUUGACGUUAACAAAAACAAGUUUAGCUUUCAAUCCACCAUGCUUCCUGUUAAUGUAGAACAACCUAAUCCACGGCCUAUAACUUCAUCUUUCGUCGAUGUAUCGACCAUAGUUGGGCGGGAUGUUGAAAAAGAAAGUUUGGUGAGAGAGUUGUUAGGGAAGGGGAGGCCCGGCCUUGUCAUCCCCAUUGUAGGGAUGGGAGGAUUGGGGAAAACAACUUUUACCCAAUUAGUCUUCAAGGAUGCACGAGUUCAAUCCCAUUUUGAUAUCAAAGCAUGGGUUUGUGUCUCAGACCCUUUUGAUGUCAUCAAGAUUGCAAAAGAAAUCCUUGAACAUGUCGGUGGAAUAAAAUCUCAAGAUAGUUCAAAUUUGUUGGAUAAAUUAUUAGAAAACAUCGAAAGACAUAUCAAGGAAGAGAGGUUUCUCCUCGUUUUAGAUGAUGUGUGGACAGAAAACCAAACAGAGUGGGAGAGGUUGAGUUUACCACUACUAAUGCAAAGCUGUUCUGAAGGCAGUAGAAUUCUGGUGACCACUCGAAAGCAGGAGGUUGCUCGAAUGAUGAGAGCAACUAGGGACAUGAUCACUUUGGGGAAGUUGAGUUAUUUAGAUUCUUUGGACCUAUUCAAUAGUAUUGCAUUUCUGGAUAGGGAACAAGAUAAGUCCAACAAGGUGUUUGGAGAUAUUGUUGAGAAAAUUGUUAGCAAAUGUGACGGUUUGCCUCUGGUUCUGAAGACUUUAGGCAGUCUCCUAUUGCAUAAGCUGACAAUUAGAGAAUGGGAAGAAGUUCUCAACAGUGAGAUAUGGAAGGUAAAAGUGGUUCAAGAAGAAGUUUUUCGACCAUUACUACUCAGUUAUUAUGAUUUGGCUCUAGAGAUUAAGAGUUGCCUUCUGUAUUGUGCUACUUAUCCCAAAGAUUUUGAGUUCAACAAGGAAAUUCUUAUCGAGCAAUGGAUGUCACAAGGCUAUCUGAAUGUUGGAGAAAACAAAGAAGAGGCAACACAAGGUAGAGAAGUUUUUACCAAGUUAGUAAUGCGAUGUUUCUUUCAAGAUUUCAUACAACAUACACUUACCAAGGAAAUUAUAGGCUGCAAAAUGCAUGAUACUGUGCAUGAUUUUGUACAAUAUCUUACCCAGAAUGAGUGUCUUACUAUGGAGGCUACGGGUACCCAUGGAACAGAGACAUCGAGUGCAAAUGACAGGGUUCGCCAUUUGACCUUAAUGUCAGCACCCGAGGGUCCAUUUCCAUCGUUUAUAUCAAACUUAGUGAAUAGCAAAAUUUUGCGUACCCUGGCGACUUUUGAUUCAAGUAUUACUGCCAUAGACUCGAAUUUGAUUUCACAGUUGAAAUGCCUGAGGACCUUGAAUUUGAGUGACACCAACAUCCAGCAGUUGCCGGAGGAGAUUGGUGAUUUGACACAUUUGAGAUAUCUUGAUUUGACUCGUAAUAAUAAUUUGACGAGAUUACCUGACGGCGUGUGUAACUUGUACAAUUUGCAAACUUUGAGGCUUGAUGACUGCGACCUUGAAGAGUUGCCGGACAAUAUGGGGAAGUUGAUUAACUUGAAGCACCUUCAUGUUAAUUGUGGGCUGAAGUACUUACCAAAAGGGAUUAGGCGUAUAAGGAAUUUGCGAACACUAGACGGGAGCCCAUCUGUUCGUUGUAGUGAAGAUGCUGAAGGAUUGACAUUAGGAGAUGAAUCAGCUUCGCCGUCUUGACAUCGAUAUUUCAAGGGUUGGGGAAAAUGCUGCACGUGAGGCCGAGAAAGCAGAAUUGAAUCAAAAACUUCAUCUUUCUUAUUUAAAACUUUAUCUGGAUGAUGGCAGCGACAACGACGUAAAUGCUGGAGUAAUGAAUGCCUUGCGACCACAUGAAAAUUUGGACUCUCUGGUAAUUUGGUGGUAUCUUGGCCCCACCUGGCCCAAUUGGAUGACGACGUCGUAUUUAACCAGAUUGACAGUCUGUCAUCUUUGUCGCAGCGACUCCUCUGUUUUGCCUCCUCUCGGGAAACUGCCGUAAAGCUAACGAGAAUGCCUUAAAGUAGUAAAGCUAACGAGAAUGCCUUUUCUGAAAGAGAUCGGAGCUGAAUUUUACGGAGCUGAAGAAGAAACAUCAUCAUCAUCCUUCCCAAGUUUGGAAACACUCUUUCUUGGCGGCUUGUUGAGUUUAGAAAAGUGGGAAUUAGGUGGAAAGGCAGAAGAGGAGGGUUCUUCUAAUUCCCAAAUGAAAUCAAUUUCAAUAAUGCCACGCCUUUCUUCCUUGCACAUUCGGAUGUGUCAUAAACUGAAACAACUGCCAGACUUCCUCCUGCAAAAUGCACCACUGCAGAAUCUUCUCAUCGAUCGUUGUCAGAGCCUUCCUGCCAGCCUUCCUGACGAGUUCAUCUCUCGCAUCCCAAACGUCACAAUUGAAUAUUCGGGAGUUGAUCCCCUUUUCAAAGGAAGAAAAAUAUUCUGAUAAUCGCUAUCCCCGACGUACUGACGUUACUUAUAGUCGACCAAGUUAAAGAUUUCAAGCACCCUAUCGCAGGCUGUUCAAACCUGCCUCAAGUUUGCAGUGGCUCGAUUGCCCAAGACAUGAUGACACUCAGGUAGCUUUAAGCAUGACCGACUCAUAAUCACAAUGAACCUUGAAGUUGUCCAACUGAUCGAUGGGGUUCUGCAAAUGGAGCAAAGGUAGCAGAGAAACUAAGGAGGAUUGCUGCGCUGUGAUACACCACUCGGGAAACCUGGCUUGCAUUGAGGCAUCCAUUUCACUUAUUAAUGUGCUUUUCAUGAUUCUGCCUAAAUUAUAGUAGCGGAAAAAAGAUGGAAGUGGCAGUGUGACCCAUAGUCUCAUUCGCUCUACUGAAGUUUAUAGCAUGGAAGAGAGGGCAAAGUGGAUGUGACCCAAACUGAUCUCAUUCAGAUUCACCAAAAGGACAAACGAGGUAGGGGAUGUUCAAUGAGACUUGCGGCUCAAAACAGCCUGGACAUGGUGGAAACUGACUUGGAAAUUCUGUUGGAGUUCAGUGGAAUCAAAUUCUAGAAAAAAGGAAUCACAAAAAAGCAGAAGAACAGCAUGACACGGGCUUUGUCAGCAGUGGAACACUAAGCUGAAGUCCAAAAGGCAGAAAGGGGUAUAUUUCUUCUAUCACAUGGACUUGGUCAGACCUCAAAGUAGCAGUGGAGUAGCAUAACAUGACACUCAGGAAAUGUAGAAGCAUGGAGACUCCAAAAUUACAUCGGAGUUGUCAAGCUGGUGAUUAAUCAUUAAUGAGAUGAGAUGGGAUUUAGUGGCGUGAAAAAGAGGGACGAUUCUAUAUGACCAAAAGUCUCAAUCAAUUAGCUUCCUUGUUCUGCCAAGUCCAAAGGCCUUAUGAGUGGCUGGUUUCCUCAAGACAUGAUGACUCUCCUGUACUCCUCAUGCUAUGCAAUAUGUCCCAUUUCAUAUACAAUAUAUCUCCUAUACACAUAUACCUUCUGUAUCUUCUGUAUACAAAAAUCAAACCAAGUUGAUGAGCAGGCCAGGUUGAAGCAGAGAGGAAUUGAAUUGGUGCUGGCAAGCUGAUUAGUGCGAUGAUUUUGAGCUGCAUUCUGGAAUCUAUUCGACUGACCAAUGUAGGUGCUAUUAGAGAUUACCUGGGUGUUCAAACCUGCCUCAAGUUUUCAGUUGCUGGAUAUAUCCCAAGACGUACAUGGUGAACCUCAGGCUAAACUAAGCAUAACUGACGCAGAAUAGUUGUCCAUUGGCAGCUGAUUAAUGAGGUUUUACAAAUGGAGCAAAGGAGGCCGGAUUGUCAAGCAGUGGUACACCAUUUCGGAAAUUGUCUUGCAUCGUCGCAUCCAUUUGACUAUGAUGUGUUUUUCACAAUUCUGCCAGAAGUAUAGGACUUGUCUGAAGCAGUGAUGCACUAGCAAGGGAUAACUGUCUAGUAUUCUUUGAUCCAUUUGAUCAGUGGAUGAGGUUUACCUAAACUAGGUAGUAUCGCAUUUGAACAUUUGAAUUUCCACUUCAUGGAAGAGAGGGGAAGAGUGGAUGUGAUCCUAACUGAGCUGAUUCAAAGUCAACCAAAGGACAAAUGUAGGGGAUGUUCAAUGAGGGUUGCGGCUCAAAUUCAGGAGAGGAUAACAACUGAGAGGAAGAACAGCAUGACACAGGCUUCGUCAGCAAAGGAACAGUAAGCUGAAGUCACAAAGGCUGCAAGGUUUUGGUUUAGGAUUGUGAAGUCCCCUCUUCUUUAACAAGAAGAGGGGACUUGUUCUAGUAGUACUAGGAUUGUGAAGAACCUAUAGCUUAAUUAUUUUGAGAGAGAUGCUUCCCUAAGAAAUUUACUUUGAGAGGAAUGCUUGUGAGGUUUUUCUUGGGUAUAAUUGGGGCUUUCUAUUGAGAGGGGUUGAGAGGAGUGGUUUAUGAUUGUAACCUUCUUUAUUAGUCGAUUCAUCAUUAUCAUGGUCGCCCGAGGAUAUAGGCAAUUUGGCCGAACCUCGUUAAAUUAUUGUGUUAUUGUCAUGUGUUGUUUUUGCUUGCA